CUUACUCUCUGGUUGACGACGAUGAUGACACUUCUAGGGAGUUGUCUUGGGAAGAAUCUCCAUCACGGAGAUCAAAGCGCCAUAAGAAAUCAGACAAUACAGUGAUCAAUGUGGAUGAAGAAGAAUCUCAGCCUUCAACAGUGGCGGAGGAAGCGGUUGAGCUGCCUGAAGGCUUACAGGAAGAUAUAUGCUACCCAACAAGGGAUGAUCCACACUUUGUUCAAGUUUGUCUCAAAGAUCUUGAGUGCCUUGCGCCUACAGAAUUUCUUACAUCGCCUGUGAUGAACUUCUACAUAAGGUUCUUGCAGCAUCAGGUAUCUUCAGACAAUCAAAUCUCUGUUGAUUGUCAUUUCUUCAACACUUAUUUCUACAAGAAGCUCAGUGACGCUGUUUCGUACAAGGGAAAUGACAAGGAUGCCUUUUUUGUGAAGUUCAGGCGUUGGUGGAAGGGUAUUGAUCUCUUCCGUAAGGCUUAUAUAUUUAUCCCAAUUCAUGAAGAUCUCCACUGGAGCCUGGUGAUAGUUUGCAUCCCAGACAAGGAAGAUGAAUCAAACUUAAACAUUCUUCACCUCGAUUCAUUAGGACUUCAUUCGAAAAAAUCAAUUGUUGAUAAUGUUAAAAGGUUUCUGAAAGACGAAUGGAACUAUCUGAAUCAAGAUGAUGAUUACUCCUCAGAUCUUCCAAUCUCAGAGAAAGUAUGGAAAAGCCUCCCCCGUAGGAUUAGCGGUUCUGAUAUACAGGUUCCGCAGCAGAAGAACGAGUUCGACUGUGGUCCGUUUGUUCUCUUCUUCAUCAAACGCUUCAUCGAAGAAGCACCUCAAAGGCUGAAAAGGAAAGACUUGGGAAUGUUCGACAAGAAGUGGUUUCGACCAGCUGAAGCAUCUGCCCUGAGAAUCAAGAUCAGAAACACACUCAUUGAUCUUUUCCGUGGCAGUGAAGACAAAUCGCAACAAUGA